AUUGGACUUCAAAACAAAAGCAAUGGAGUUUUCUUAUAUUAUUUCUCCAUUGCUUUUGUUCUUCUUUUUGCUUCAUGCAUCAUCUGUUCAUACCAAAAAGUCUUAUAUUGUUUACUUGGGAUCGGGAUCGAGCACGUUUGGAUCAAACCCGAGUAUAUACGAUGUUCAACUUGCGACCGAAUCUAAAUAUGAUAUAUUAGGAACUGUCAAGGGAAGCAAAAUGGCAGCGAAAGAAUCGAUUCUCUAUACGUAUAAUAGAUGUAUUAAUGGCUUUGCUGCUGUUCUUGAUGACAAUGAAGUCACAGCUCUUGCAAAGAAUCCAAGUGUGGUGUCGGUUUUUGAAAAUAGGGAAAGAAAAUUGCAUACAACACGAUCAUGGGGUUUUUUGGGGGUUGAUAGUGGUCGAGGAAUUCCUCAGAACUCCAUUUGGAAGGCUUCCAAGUUUGGGGAAGAUGUAAUUAUCGGGAACCUCGACACGGGCGUUUGGCCAGAGUCCGAGAGCUUCCACGAUGCAGGCUAUGGCCCUGUUCCUUCAAGGUGGAUGGGAGCUUGUGAAGGCGGCUCCAAAUUUCGAUGCAACAGGAAGCUGAUCGGAGCAAGAUAUUUCUACCGAGGAUACGAAAUGAUCAACGGUCCUCUCAACAUUAGCUCACUAAACGCACGAGACCAUGAAGGCCAUGGUACACACACAUUGUCCACUGCCGGUGGCAACUUUGUCCAAGGAGCCAACGUGUUUGGCAAUGGCAAUGGGACAGCAAAAGGAGGCGCCCCCAAAGCUCGUGUUGCUGCCUACAAGGUAUGCUGGCCUCAAGGCAAGUGUUCUGAUGCCGAUCUCUUAGCCGGUAUCGAAGCCGCUAUCAGCGACGGUGUCGACGUUCUCUCGAUCUCUCUCGGUGCAACAGCUCAGGACUUUGCUAAUGACCCAAUUUCAGUAGGGGCAUUCCAUGCCAUUCAACAAGGAAUCAUUGUAGUUUGCUCUGCCGGAAACGAUGGCCCGCUCCCUGGGACUGUCACCAAUGUAUCUCCAUGGAUGUUCACUGUUGGAGCUAGUUCCAUCGACCGAGGCUUCUUCAGUUACGUGUACCUCGGAAACAAGAAACAGAUCAAGGGUUCGAGUCUUUCAUCGGGAGGAUUGCCUCGUGGUAAAUUGUACCCUUUGAUGAAUUCUGUUAAUGCAAAAGCUUCCAAUGCCUCAGAUGGACUUGCCCAACUUUGCGAGGAGGGAUCACUUGAUCCCAUGAAGGCAAGAGGGAAGAUUAUAGUAUGUCUUCGAGGAGACAACGGAAGAAUGGACAAGAGUUUCGAGGUUCUUCGUGUCGGUGGUGUCGGUAUGAUUCUGGUUAACGACAAGAUCAGCGGUUCGGGCAUUGAAACUGAUCCACACAUGCUUCCUACUUCACAUGUAAGCUAUAUUGAUGGCCUCUCCAUCGCUCAAUAUUUGAAAUCCACCAAAAGGCCUGUGGCUACCAUAACUCCGGUAAGGACAGAGAUAGGGAUUAAACCAUCACCUGUCAUGGCUACAUUCUCGUCAAGAGGCCCUAAUCACAUAACAGAGGCCAUCAUCAAGCCUGAUAUAACAGCACCGGGUGUGAAUAUAAUCGCAUCUUUCACGAGAGCGGCAGCAGCAACAGACUUGCCAUUUGACAAACGUCGAGUGCCUUUCAACGUUCAAUCCGGCACAUCCAUGUCAUGCCCGCACAUCUCAGGCGUUGCAGGCCUUCUUAAGAAACUUCAUCCUACAUGGAGUCCUGCCGCUAUCAAAUCUGCCAUUAUGACUACAGCCAAAACGAGAGACAACACCAAGAACACAAUGUUGGACUUCAACAAAGUGAAGGCUACCCCAUUUGAUUAUGGUGCAGGACUUGUCCAUCCAAACAAUGCCAUGGACCCCGGCCUUGUUUAUGACACGACGAUUGAUGACUACUUGAACUUCUUAUGUACACAGGGCUAUAACUCACUCACGCUCAAGAAAUUCUCUAAUAAGCCAUUUGUUUGCUCUAAGAACUUCGCAAUCACAGACCUCAACUAUCCAUCCAUCUCGGUCCCCAAGUUGCAAAUUGGGGCACCGGUGACGGUAAAUAGAAGAGUGAAGAAUGUGGGAAGCGCAGGCACGUAUGUGGCGCGGGUGAGGAUGCCCAAGGGCAUUACAGUUAUGGUUGAGCCAAGUACGUUGCAAUUUCACGGCGUUGGAGAAGAGAAGCCUUUCAAACUUGUAUUUCAUUACGCACAACAAGUGCGGCGUCCUGGCUAUGUUUUUGGGGCAUUGGUAUGGUCAGAUGGGAAGCAUUUUGUUAGAAGUCCUAUUGCAGUGAAUUUGGUAUGAUUAAAUUUAUAAUAUUGUAAUCCAAAUUCAUU